AUGGGACCAAUUGGAAGUAAACAUACUAAGCAAAAAAAACAUUCUGACGGAACUUCAGAGCAACAGAAAAAAUCACUCUUAUCAAGAUUACGAAAACGUAUCUUUCAAAGACCUAUUAGUUCGUGGAAGCAUAACAGAAACCAACCAUCAACAAAAAGAAUUAAGCGACAGUCAAACAAAAUUUCAAGGACAAUCUCAAAAUCAUCAGAGCAGCCAAGGGAUGUUGGAGUGCGAAAGAAUCAUAAGGAGACCGAAUCAUACAAAUCAACAAGAGCGCCAUCAGAAUCUCUUUCUUCUCUCAGCAAUUCAGUGAUUCAUAAGAUGCCAGAUGCUGCGCAGCAAAAAUAUCGAAAGAAGCAGAAAGAAAGUGCAGCCCGAAGUAUCAGUAAAACAUUACAAAGAUGGGCUAAAUUUCCCGGAUCGUCACCUUCUUCAUCAAGUCGACAAAGCAUUAGAAAUGCUCGAAAAAGGAUCAAAGCAUUCUUUAGCCGUCCUAUGAGUGAUGUCUCAGUACAAAAAUUUGUUGAAAAAAUUAAAAAAAGAAAUGAACUGCGGAAAGAAAGUACUUUCAAAAAGGAACUACCAGAAAUACCUUUGCGGAGUGCAGAUGAAAAAUUCCCAUUCAGACAUCGGGUUGAAAGGCACGAGACAGAAAUGAAGGAGGAAAGUGAUAAAAUUAAUUCACUCAAGAAACCAGUUUCAAGAGUGAUUGAUAAUGACAAUGAAGGAAAGCUGUUCGACGAGGAUGGUCUACCAUUUUGGAGUAAAUUUAGUAAAGUACAAAAGGAUAGUGAGCAUAGCGUAGAAGUAACGGAUGAUGAACUACCCAUGGAUUCGGAAGUAUUACUUGAAGUUCAAGCAGGGUUGCGUAAACUUGUUAAGAUGCCUAAAAUUAGGUCUAUUACAUAA